UCAAGCGCCACACAAAAAUUAAUAAAUAAUAAAAAAGUAUAUAUGUAAAAAAUUAGUAAUGUACAUAAAAUAUACGUUUUCUGCAUAUGUAUUAAAAUAAACUAAAAAGUUAGGCUGUCUUAAGAAUUUUGGGGUCGCUCUGUGCUGAAUAUCUCCAUUAUCAUUGUGAACUGAUUAUCAGCUGUGAAUAGCUAUUGUGAGUGAAAGAAGCAGACGUUCCGAGUUAAGCAUGGUCGGUGCUGUUACCGCAUAGGAAUGUCCCUGUCCGAAGGAAUUAUUGUGAAAAUGAUUUCGUCAGCCAAGUCUAUCAAUUUGCGUGCAUUCCGCCAACUUUCAAAUCGUGCUACCAAUUAUUAUUCGGCAGAAUGUAUAGGAUUGCAGCAAAUGACACAGCAACGGUUCCUAUCUGGCUGGAAUGGACGUGGAAAAUUUUUGCCGAAAUUGCUGUUGACUACAACACCCGAGCGGCAUCAGCGGUUUGAUAUACACAUGACAAAUGUUUUAUCCGCCAAAGACUACUACCAAAUAUUAGGUGUAGCCAAAAACGCUAGUUCAAAAGACAUUAAAAAAGCAUACUAUCAGCUGGCUAAAAAAUAUCAUCCUGAUACCAAUAAAAACGAUCCAGAUGCAGGCAAAAAAUUCCAAGAAGUUUCUGAAGCAUAUGAAGUUCUAAGCGAUGACACCAAAAGGCGUGAAUAUGACACAUAUGGUCAGACAUCUGAAAAUAUAGGACGUCAAGGAGGGUUCGGCGGACAGGGUCCCCAGGGUUUCUCACAAAAUUGGCAAUUUCGCUCUACCAUUGAUCCAGAAGAACUGUUUCGUAAAAUAUUUGGUGAAGCUAACUUCCGAAGUAAUAGCUUUGAUGAUUUUGCUGAUUCCAAAUUCGGCUUUGGUGCUGCUCAAGAAAUCGUUAUGGAUUUAACCUUUGCACAAGCAGCUAGAGGAGUUAACAAGGACGUAAACGUCAAUGUUGUCGACACAUGUGCAAAGUGCAAUGGAUCAAAAUGUGAACCGGGCACAAAACCUGGUCGUUGUCAAUAUUGUAAUGGCACAGGAAUGGAAACAAUUUCUACGGGACCGUUUGUAAUGCGCUCCACUUGUCGAUAUUGUCAAGGAACGCGGCAAUACAUUAAAUACCCAUGUACCGAAUGUGAUGGCAAGGGGCAGACCGUGCAACGCAAGAAAGUGACUGUGCCAGUUCCAGCAGGUAUAGAAAAUGGGCAAACGGUAAGGAUGCAGGUUGGACGUAAAGAGCUCUUCGUAACUUUCCGCGUUGAAACCAGCAAAUAUUUCAAACGGGAAGGCGCUGAUGUCCAUACCGAGGCCUCAAUAUCGAUAUCACAAGCGGUAUUUGGUGGUACUGUACGUGUACAAGGUGUAUACGAGGACCAAUGGAUUAACAUACCAGCUGGUACUUCUUCACAUCACAAGGUGUAUCUUCGUGGAAAAGGCCUGAAACGUGUAAAUGCUCACGGUCACGGUGAUCAUUAUAUAAAUAUCAAAAUUGAUGUACCGAAAAAUCUUACGGCCGAACAAAAGGCUUUGAUGGAGGCGUAUGCUGAACUCGAAACGGACACUCCGGGACAGAUCAACGGAAUAACCAGACAAAAAGAUAACACCAAAAAGGCUACAACAGCGGACACCCCGAAAACGUUACUAUCGAAAAUUAAAUCGCUCUUUAACAGAUAGUCCAAAUAAUAUUAGUGAUUUACGUGUGUGUAAAUGGGUAGGAGUUAAUGAUCACUUGUAUUAGGAACGAUACAAUUGAAUGCUUUAUUGUUUUAGUUAGUUUAAUAGACGGUGAAAAUUGAAGUAAAAUAAAUUACUAUAUAUAUUAGCUGUAAAAACAA